CUCUCUGAGAUCCAAGGAUUACCAGUGAAACGAAGGAGAAGAGCUCUCUCUCUCUCUCUCUCUUCUUUUCUCUCUCUCCCCCCACCCCCACCCCAACAAAGAAAUGGUGGCUCCACCAUCUGCGUUGCCUUGGGACGAUCUUUGCAAAUUGAAGCAGUACUUUUUAUAUGUACCACUUGUAGCAAACUGCAUUGCCUCUUGGGGAAACAACGAAGCAGGGAGCUGGUGCUUUCAUAUCCUAGUAAUAUGUGCAUUGAGAGGCCUCGUCCAUCAAUUAUGGUACUCAUACAGCAGCAUGUUAUUUCUUACCAACAAAUACAGGGUUCUUCAACAAGGCGUGGACUACAAACAGAUAGACAGAGAACAGAACUGGGAUGACUUUAUCAUCCUCCACGCUUUCAUGGCAGCCAUUGCAUGUUACUCUUCCACUCUCAUGGACAGCUUGCCCCUGUUCAAUUUCAGAGGAUAUAUUUAUGCACUGAUACUUCACAUGGGCCUCACAGAGUCUUUGUACUAUUUCAUACACAGGACAUUUCACUCAGAUUACUUGUUCCAAAAGUACCAUUCGCUGCACCAUUUGUCGGUAGUUACCCAGUCUUACACAGCUGGAACAGCUAGCUUCUUGGAGCAUUUGGUGAUGGGCUUCCUCAUGGGGAUCCCUAUGCUGGGUGCAGCAUGGAUGGGUGGCGGAUCGGUCACCAUGUUUUAUGGAUAUGUGCUGGUCUUUGACUUCCUCAGAUGCAUGGGGCACUGCAAUGUGGAAGUGAUGCCAGUCUCUCUGUUUGAUCACAUGCCAGUCCUCAGAUACCUCAUCUACAGUCCAAGUUAUCAUAAUCUUCACCACACAGAUAUGAGCUCAAACUUCUGUCUUUUUAUGCCGUUAUAUGAUGCCCUGGGCAAUAGCCUGAACAAAAAUUCCUGGGAGUUUCGCAGGAGGAUCAGAGCUGGAGAAGAAGUGAGGGUUCCAGACUUCGUCUUCCUCGUACACAUAAUUGACGUGCACUCCUCUAUCCAUGUGCCGUUUCUAUUCAGAUCUUUUAGCUCGAAGGCAUUCCAAACCAAUCUCCUAGUGCUUCCCUUUUGGCCUAUUGCGUUGGUAGUGCUGCAGCUGAUGUGGGCUUGGGCAAAGCCUUUCAUGGUUACAUUUUACUGCUUAAGGAACCGAUUGAUUCAUACUUGGACUGUUCCUCGAUAUGGAUUUCAGUACUUCUUGCCAUUUGCCAAGGAUGGAAUCAAUAGGAACAUUGAAGAAGCAAUUUUGCGUGCAGACAAGAUUGGUGUAAAAGUCAUCAGCCUGGCAGCUUUAAACAAGAAUGAAGCUCUAAACGGAGGAGGGACACUAUUUGUCAAAAGGCUCCCACAUUUGAGAGUAAGAGUUGUUCAUGGGAACACAUUAACAGCUGCAGUUAUCCUUCAUGAGAUCCCAAAGGAUGUCAAGGAGGUGUUCCUGACGGGGGCCACCUCUAAGUUAGGAAGGGCCAUUGCUCUCUACCUCUGCAGAAAAGGCGUUCGGGUCAUGAUGCUUACCCACUCUACGGAGAGGUUCCAAGCCAUACAAAAGGAAGCGCCUACCGAGUGCCAGAAAUUUCUCGUCCAAGUAACAAAAUAUCAAGUUGCUCAGAACUGUAAGUCGUGGGUAGCUGGGAAGUGGCUUUCGCCGAAGGAGCAAGCGUGGGCCCCAAGUGGGACCCAUUUCCACCAAUUCGUGGUGCCUCCCAUCGUUGAGCCGAGGAAAGACUGCACCUACGGCAAGCUCGCGGCCAUGAGGUUGCCCGAUGACGUCGAAGGAAUGGGUUACUGUGAGUACACGAUGGGGCGAGGGAUCGUGCAUGCUUGCCAUGCGGGAGGUUUGGUUCAUCUUCUCGAAGGAUGGGAACACCACGAGGUGGGGGCGAUCGACGUGGACAAGAUCGACAUGGUGUGGGAAUGUGCACUGAAGCAUGGGCUAAGGCCGCUCUCUUAGACUCUUGGUGCGCAAUGACUUCAAGAAUAGGGGAAGUCAGUACUUCUGGUUUCAUCUUCUCCCGUGGCUGCUCUGCUCUCAUGGUGCCUCCUUUGACAGGAUCCGCGACUGCCAUCAACGUGAAUUUUCUUUUAUUUGUGUUUGUUUCAGUUAUUCCCAAGAAAAUUUGAAGAUUUCUUCUUAAUGAAUGUCUUCAAGUUCACUUAUAUAUAAUGAAGGCCUUGUUCAGUGA